AUGGUCACAAUCGUGAAGCAGGUGAAGCUUGAGUUCCAGGGCAGAAGCUGGGUGGUGCCUCCAGGCUUUCUGUUUCAGGAAGACGGCGAAGAGUUCGUGCGACUGCGGCCGUCUUGCCAUGGUCUGUGCAUCUUGCUCGGCUGCGACAAGAAGAUUCGCAACCCGUCCUUGAAGGGCAGCACUGCUUUGAAGCAGCUCGUGGAUGGUCGGAACUGCAAGCUCGGCUUGAUCGAGAGCAAGGACGAGAAGCCGAAGCUUUUUGGAGACGACGAAAGGGCCAGUCCAAAGAAGAAACGGAAGGUUCAGGCCGUGGAGACUAAGAAGCUUGACUUGGACUUGCCGGAUGGAAGUGGCAUCGUCACCGUCAAGGCUGUGAAGUGGACCCGGGAGGACUUGUCGGUGGUCCUCGAGGCCGAGCAGCUGGAGAGGCUCUUCAACUUAAUCAUGAAGGACGAGCUCUCCUUCGAUGUCCAGAGCCGCGCCUAUCGGAGGACCGGGAAGCAUGUGAAGGCCGCCAAGAAGGAGACGGAUGACUCGAGUUGCCAGAGCGACUGA